AUGGCGGCCUACCUAGAGCUGAACACCACGGCCAAGAUACCGCUCCUGGGGCUGGGCACAUGGAAGUCCCCAGCUGGGCAAGUAACAGCUGCAGUGAUGGCUGCCAUCGAUGCUGGGUACCGCCACUUUGAUUGUGCCUAUGUGUACCAGAAUGAGAGUGAAGUUGGGGAAGGGAUCCAGCAGAAAAUCAAGGAAGGCGUGAAAUGAGAGGACGUCUUCAUCGUCAGUAAGCUAUGGUGCACAUUUCAUGACAAACCUCUAGUGAAGGGAGCCUGCCAGAAGACUCUUACUGACCUGAAACUGGAUUACCUGGAUCUCUACCUCAUGCACUGGCCUCUUGGGUUCAAGGCAGGGGAGGAGUUGUUUCCCACAGAUGACAAAGGCAUGUCAAUACCCAGCAACACUGAUAUUCUACACACAUGGGAGGCCAUGGAAGAGCUGGUGGAUGCUGGUCUGGUAAAAAGAGUAUCUCCAACUAAAAAGUUGAUAAAAAGUAUCUCCAACUUUAACCAUGAGCAGACUGAAAGAAUGUUGAACAAACCAGGACUGAAGCACAAGCCUGCCAAUAACCAGAUUGAAUGUCACCCAUACCUUACCCAGGAGAAGCUGAUCAAGUACUGUCAAUCCAAAGGGAUUGCUGUGACAGCAUACAGUCCGCUUGGCUCUCCUGACAGGCCAUGGGCUAAGCCAGAGGAUCCUUCCCUUCUGGAUGACCCCAAGAUCAAAGAGAUUGCAACCAAGCACGACAAAACACCAGCACAGGUUCUCCUUUGCUUCCAGAUCCAGAGAAAUGUGAUUGCGAUUCCCAAGUCUGUCACACCACAGCGCAUUGUGGAGAACUUCGAGGUGUUUGACUUUGAAUUGACUAAAGAGGAGAUAGAAACUAUUUUCAGCUUUAACAGAAACUGGAGAGUAUAUACAAUGAGAACGUGCAAAACUUGCAGGGAGUACCCUUCCAAUGCAGAAUACUGAAGAUGGUCAUAUCCUGCCCUCAUCCU